AUGAUAUCUAUCGUUGCAGAUGAUAGCAACUUAAGAUCGCCAACCCUUUCGUUUAGGUUUGUAGACAACAAAAGAGUAUACACGGCGGGUGAUACGGCAACUAUUCAGAUUGUUGCAUUAAAGGGUUUCAAGACCGAUAAAGAAAGAUUGUCAUUCAAGCCAAAUAUCACUUUCAACCGGACGUUGGGCGACAGCAGUUAUGUUACAGGCCUUACCAUUGAUAUGCCCAAUUGGAAAAUCACUUUUGUGCCAAUCAUGGUUGGGAGGAUCUAUCUUGAAAUAACCCAUAAUCGUGAUCAUAUCAUGGAACCCACUCUCGAUUAUAAUUGUACACCAGGUGUUGUUUAUGAACUUGGUAGCAUCGUGUCAUGGAUGGGAGAAAUAAAUAAUUUUGUAGCGGGUAAUAAAGCUACAAUCUUGAUAUAUCCUAAAGAUGCAUUUGGGAAUAACGUUACUUCUAUCAACGGAGUAAAUUUGUAUAGUUUUAUGGUCUCUGCAUCGAAUCUGAAUGGAACGACCAAAGUAAAUGUGUUGCAUUUGAGGUACAAAGGAUGGGACCCACUUGGUUAUUUCAGCAUCGAAUUUGAGCUACUCACAUCGGGACAUCUCUUAGUCGACGUCAAAAAUGAAAACGUUUCAUUAAAUGGAGCGCCAUUGCCUUUAACGGUUCACCCAGAGGCACUCGUGGUUGGGAAUUGUUUGCCACAGUGGAGCGUUCUAACGAAAUUCUUUCAGAUAUUUUCUAGAAUGGAAGGUUUUAUACACAUGAGAGAUAAAUAUGGGAACCUUGUACCAGGAAUGUAUGAAUUCGAUUUUGAAGUAGUGAGAAAGGGUACAAAGUUGCCUUUGCCCAUUAGCGAGUUGCAUUAUAAGGAAGUAUCCCCGGGUAUUCAGUCAUUUUCUUUCAAGUUAUUGGAACCAGGGGAUUUCAUCUUGAUGAUCUGCAGUAAGGCUAGCAGGGCAUUGAUAUUGGAUAUGCCAUUUGAAUAUAACGUGUAUAUAGGCUAUUGUGAUGACUUCCAAAGUAUUGUAGAAGGACCUGGUUUAAAUGACUCUGUUGCUGGUGAAGUUUCAAAGUUUCAUGUCUUGUUAAAGGAUGCUUAUCAGUAUCCUUCUCCACUCGAUACAGAAAAGCUGCAAGUACAAAUUACUCUACCUUCACUCUCGCUUCGUGUGAAUCCACAAAUACACCCAAGGGAUACUGCUAAUGAUACUCAGCCAACCAGAAAGCUAGAUCACGGUGCAUUUGGUCACACGGGAAUUACUUCUAGUCCAUCUGUUUACCUGCAGAACAAAUCCGAGGAGAGUGUGAAAAUGAAGAGCAGCGAAUUUGAUAUCGAUUUUGUGCCUGAAAAGAGUGGGACAUAUGAAAUUCUUAUAUUCUGCGGUAAUGUUCCAUUGAAUGAUGGGAUUCCAUUUAGAAAGGUAGUAAGUCCAGGCUCGGUCGAUGUAUCCAAAUCAACAGUUUCAGUUUGGGAACAAUUUGCCCCAGCAUCUACAACAUAUGGUAACAUAAAAGUCAAACUGUUGGAUUCCUUUUCAAAUCCUAUCUUGUCAAAAGCAGAUGACUUGGUAUUGGAGAUUAUCAAAAACCGUCCAAAACCUACCGUAUGUGUCGCAUGUCAUUACAAGUUUGAGGACAACCAUGAUGGGACAUAUAAAGGGACGUACAUGGUUCCAGAUCCUGAUGAUCUCUACAGCAUGUUUGUUAAAUACGGGGUAAACAGGAUUACCUUGGAACCUUCCAUUGAUGUAUAUGCAGUUAACGCUAAUAAAUGGCCUUUUACCCGCAAUGAUACUUACAAUGUCUGGGAGGAUCAGUCGAUAGCUUUUGAUGCUUUAAAAAAUGAUACUGUCCCAACUGCAACAAUUGUUGAAGUUCGGAAGCCCAGACAUGGUUCACUUUUGCAGUAUGGAGCGCUAUUCAGAUAUACACCAUAUAAGGGAUUCUAUGGAAAUGACGGUUUCAAAUAUGUAAUACAAAAUGAAAGCUACUACGAUGCUGGUUACGUAAAGAUAUAUGUUCUGCCCAAUCCUCCACAGUUUAUAUCUUUUCCAAAACAGCUGCAAGCAACUGAAAAGCUACCGAGUCCUAAAUUUGAUGGCUAUACUAGUAUCGAGCUUAAAUAUUCAGAUCCUCUAGAGAAUAUAUCUGUCAAGCUCAGUGCAGACCAUGGCACAGUUUUCCUCUCUCCUCUUUCAAUGCUACUUUGGGAUCCCAUAGGGAACGAACUUUCCGUUAAUAAAAUGGAAGGAAAGCCUGAAUACUUAAAUUUAACUGGUCAGUAUGAAGUGAUCAACCUAGCCCUCAAGUCACUCAAAUACAUAGGAGAAGAUGAUUUCAGCGGCACUGAUAGUAUUAGGCUCUCCGCCAUUAGUUUAUAUGGUACAAGGGAUUUAGAGAUUCCAAUAUUUGUGGAGGCAAUCAAUGAACCCCCAUUCAUUGAUGUACCUAAGUUCAUCAUCUUGGACAACAUGACAGAAGACAAAGGGUUCCUGAUCUUUGAUAAAGAUCGUGAUAAUUUCAACUUCUCAGUUGGGGAUCCAGAUUACCUUCACUUUUCGGGCAACAAGACUGACUUUCGGGUCAUGUUUUCUGUGGAAGUUUCUUCUGGAUUCUUCUCGGCCAAGCUGCCAUCAGAGCUUACAAGUACAACUGAAUUGAAGGUGAACAACAGCAAACAGUGGCAACCUCUUCAAUCAUUUGUUGAAAUCUCAAGGUUUUUCACGGUCAAAGCAAAAGGCAUUAGAUUCCAAGGAACAAUCAAUCACUGCAAUGGUCUUCUCAAGCAACUGCUUUAUUAUGGUGACGGACAUGAUGCAGACCUUAGGAUACGUAUAAAUGAUUUGGGGUGGUAUGGGUGCUUUCAAGAUUGUACAGACAAGAUUUCAGUGCCUCUAAUUUCCGAGGCUACUCUAAACUUAAUAACAAGCACACCUGUGAGUUCGGUGGCAGCUCACUCUCUUGGAUCAGUGAUUGUGGUUGAAUCCAUUGUAUUCACUAUGUUAGCUAUGAUUUUGAUGUUUUUCACGUGUAAAUGUGUGAUCGUCCUUCUACGUGAAAAGAAGGAUCGUCAACUCCAGUCUCAGAAUGUUCCACUUAUUGAGCCACAGAGUUCACUUGAACAAAUGUCAAAUACAACCUCAUCUGACAAUGUGACUCAAGUUACUGCAAACUUUCCUAGCCCUGUGACACAAACUGGACAGCCUUCAAACUUACCAGAGUCGUAAGUAUUUGCUCAUGUAUUAUGCAAUAUGUAUCUUACAUUUUAGAUCUUCUGAAGUCUUAAUUCAAG